AUGGAAAUAAAUUGUAAAAAACCCCAACUUGGACCUACGAAACUUUUUCGAGUUAUUGAUAUUCCCCAAAACGAUUAUAGUAUACCUACAAAUGAGUCGUCCAAUAGAUAUGUACCAUAUGGUAAAUAUAAAGGAAAAACGUACAUAUAUGUGGAAGGAGAAGAAACAGAUGAUUAUGUACGUGAUAUAUCUUCUUCUGAUAUAACAUCAUCUUCUGAAAGUGAGUAUGAAGAGAUGGAUAUCAAUGAUAUAUAUGGGUAUAAAUCACCUAAAUAUAAAACUUUGAUCGAAGUAGUACUAAAACCAAGUAGCAAAACAACAUAUGAUGAUACAUCUAUGUACCAAAAUGAUAAUAAUAAUAAACUUACAGAUGAAGAAUGGAAUCAAUUAAAACAGGAUUUUAUUAUUAAUAUGUUACAAUCUGAUAAUAUGGAUAUAUCUCUUGAAAAUCUAAAUGGAAAUACUACAAAUACACAACCUAAUAUUGUUGAUAGUAGUAUGGAAGAAAAACCUUUUAUUACAUCCAUUCAAGAUAGAAAAUUAUAUAGUAAUAGUGAUAUAACUUAUAAUAUUGAUUGGAAUAUUCCGGAAAAUAUCAGAACGAAUAACGUGGAUAGUCCAAAAUAUGUGUCACCAAAUCUAUAUAGUGGUAUAGAUCUAAUUAAUGAUUCGUUAAAUAAUGAUAAACAUAUUGAUAUAUAUGAUGAAUUAUUGAAAAGAAAAGAAAAUGAAUUAUAUGGAACAAAUUAUCCGAAAAAUACAACAACGACAAAUCGUGUUGCAAAACCAAUAAGUGGUGAUCCUAUAUUGAACCAAUUGGAUUUAUAUGAUAAAUGGUUAGAGAGAAAUAAAGAUAUGUACAACCAAUGGAAUAAUAGUGAUACGUUGAACCAGUGGAAUAUCCAACGUGAUAACGACAAUACUACGGACCAUACACACAACUUGUUAAAUACCAACCUUUCUAUAGAAAUAAGUAGUGAUAUGACCCAUGAUACAUCUAAUAUGGAUAUGAGUGAUACUAAUACAUAUACUUAUUUGGAUGAUAUGGAUUCGUUCGAAAAUAGUAGUGAUGAAAAUUUAUUAUGA